AUGGAUGCUCAGUUGCAGCAGCCAACCGACGGCAUAGCACCGUUCACAAGACUUAUUUUGGAUCUGCGUGGCGUAUGCUUUAUCAUUGAGCGCGAGACGCUCAUGAGCCUUCCUGAAUCAGUUUUGCUGUGUCUUUUCCCGAACGGCCUUGUCUUGUCCGACAACGGGAUGGACGAAAUGGGCGGCGACAGCGCUCAGGACGAGCACGUAUACCAUGUGGAUUUUGAUGCUCAAUGUUUGCAAUACGUGCUCAGCUUUUUCCGCCGCGCACAGGACUACUUCUACGGGACAGAAGUGACGCAAGGUGUCUACCGCGGCGGGGACACGGGGAACAGCUACCUUGACUAUGUGGAGCAGAUGAACAACAGCUUAAUGGGGUAUGGAGCGCCGUUCCACUUGCCAUUCUUUCACAAACAGGCUGUGAUUGUGUUGCGGGAAGAACUAGAAUACUUCACCAUUGCACCCAAGUCAAUGGGCCGAUCUGCAGCUCAGCCUACUGUCGGAAACGAACCGCCAAGUGCAUCGCCACAAUUCAAUCAUUUGAAGGAUCUUUGCGGUGAAGUGCUUCUGCGCCGCCGCCAGAUCUUUACCGCACUUCAACGCAAUAUCAGCAAGGAAAACAAUGUGGCAGAACAGCAUUUGAUCGAUAUGCUUUGCAUGAGCGGAUUUGAGACCGACGACUUGUGGGGAUACCGAGCACGAGAGCCUGCACGCUGUGGAAUCACGAGCACAGCACUUGUGCUACUGAAAACCGGCGUUACGCAUCCCGGGGAGCUUCCAGAGGGACGUGACGGGAACCAACCCGUCCCGAACAAACCGAUCGGCGUUGAGCGUGAAGGCGUGAGUAUGGAAAAAGGAAUCGACAUGAGCAAUACUGUUUUCUCAGAGGAGCAGCUUGGCGAAUGGGUCGACGAUGGACAGGGCGGCAUGCUCCGUGUGAAUCAGCACCAGCUGAAUACGACACAAAAAUUACUCUUGUUCUGGCGAAAACCUGCUCGCAAAUGCUGGUGGGAUGGUGUCACGAUCAUUGUGCCUAUGGAUCCAUCGAUGCAAAAAGCAAUUGGUAUAAGCCGGUCGAACAUGACCACAAGCUCGCUCAAUGGCACCACUCCUGAAGAGCGCAAAUGGCUUGAGCAGGGCAUGGGCGUUCCCGUCCGCGUUUGGGUGCGCAGGGUUUGGACGCUGGAAGUAAGCUUGUCUGAACCCGAAGUCGAUAUGCUCUGCACCAGUACCGGUUGA